GAUACAAAAUGUAAUACUCCUCAGAAACGUAUGUCCCGUAAAUAUUAACUAAUUCGUUUUGUUUUCACGUCAGAACUUAGUGAAAAUUUUUAGCAAAUAGUCAAAUAUGUUGGGAUCAAUUGCGCUGGUCGGAGUUUUCGCUGUUGUGUUUUGCGGUGCAACAUCCGAACCUAUUGCACAAGAGGAAGGAGUUGACUGUUCUCCACCAUUUUGGCACGCGAAAUUAGGCGACAAUUAUCCACUGGCAGGAAUCUCGAAAAGAUCAAGACCCAAGUUUCGUCUCAUUGUAAAGAAACUAGACAGUGAUGGCAACUUCACCGCGGAUGUAAAGCACAAUGUUAUUGUCAAAGCUGUUCGACCAAAAAAAGAAGGGUCCAAGCGUAUCCAUGGAUUCGUAUUAUCGGUUACUCCCGACGUAGGAUAUGAAAGUUGCGGAAAGGGUACUUUUAAACUUAAAAAUAACAAAAGAGCAACUCCCGCCACAGUUAAAUCAGGAUGUCAUGAUAUGGAAUUGGACGGAAGUACCGAUUUGAAAGGUACUCGCGGAAUACAAUGGAUUGCGCCAUCGUGCGGCUGCGUAACAAUGUCAGUGGAAAUUAAAGCAAAUGACGGUAUGCUGUAUCAACCUGGACUGCAUAAUACAGAAACAGAUCUCAAAUAUAAGACACUUAUCAAAAAGAUGUGCGUCAAACCAACAGAGACAUAGAAAACUCCGAGUUAUCGCAUUUCAUGACAGAAUUGCCUUGGGGUUUAUUUGAUUACUCAGUUCUGUUUAGAAGUAGAUAAUGUUUAGAUGUCUCGAUAUUGUGAUUUUUUGUGAAAUUCAUAUUGUCUCAGUUAUUUUAAGCUAACACUUAACAUACAUUGGAAAAUCACCAUAUGCGAUAUUUGCGUUGCAUGUCUGUCUUUGAUAAAUGCAUUUCCUAUUACUAAAAUCAUUUAACCGGAAUAAAAAAAAUCUGUGAAAACUUUAGUUUUCGAAU